AUGCCCCGGGGGAGGCGCGGCGGCCGGGUGAGCGCCCUGGAGGGCGGCCCGGAGGAAGAGGCGCCCCAGGCGGCGGCCGCGGUGCCCUCCGCGCUGUGGGCGUCCCAGCUGCAGCCGGAGCCGGCAGCCGGGCAGAUCCUGCUCCGAGGCAUCUUCGAGAUCGGCAGGAGUAGCUGUGACGUGGUGCUGAGCGAGUGGGCCCUCAGGUGGUGGCCCAUCCAACCCGAGCGCCCUGCAGGUGACUCCAAGUAUGAUGUUCUAUGUAAAGAAGAAUUUAUCGAACUCAAGGACAUAUUCUCUGUCAAACUGAAGCGGCGUUAUUCUGCUAAACAGCAGGGAAGUGGUACUUUAUUAGGUAUCACACUCUUCAUAUGUUUGAAAAAGGAACAAAAUAAAUUAAAAGAUUCUACGCUUGAUCUUAUUAAUUUAAGUGAAGACCACUGUGAUGUGUGGUUUAAACAAUUCAAGAAAAUUUUGGCAGGUUUUUCAAAUAGACCAAAGUCUUUAAAAAUAAUUCUUAACCCCCAAAGCCACAAAAAAGAAGCUACCCAGGUCUAUUAUGAGAAGGUUGAACCACUGUUGAGGACUGCAGGAAUAAAGACUGACGUAACAAUAACAGAAUAUGAAGGGCACGCUCUGUCGCUGCUAAAGGAAUGUGAACUCCAGGAAUUUGAUGGUGUUGUCUGUGUUGGGGGAGAUGGAUCUGCCAGUGAAGUUGCCCAUGCUUUGCUUCUUAGAGCCCAGAAGAAUGCUGGGAAAGAAACAAACCACAUCCUCACCCCUGUCUGCGCAGAGCUCCCACUGGGUUUAAUACCAGCAGGCUCUACCAAUGUACUGGCACAUUCUCUUCAUGGAAUCCCUCAUGUGGUGACUGCAACUUUGCACAUUAUAAUGGGGCACAUACAACCAGUCGAUGUCUGCACCUUUAGCACCACCGGCAAGCUUCUCCGCUUUGGGUUCUCAGCCAUGUUUGGCUUUGGUGGGAGAACUCUGGCUCUGGCAGAAAAACAUCGAUGGAUGUCACCCAACCAACGAAGGGAUUUUGCUGUAAUUAAGGCACUGGCAAAACUUAAGCCUGAAGACUGUGAAAUAUCAUUUUUACCAUUUAUGAGCUCUCAAGAUUUACAAGAAAGGAAGGCGGAAGGAUCUCCCAAAUCUGAGACUAAUGAUCAAUGGCAGACGAUCCAAGGUCAGAUCCUGAAUGUCAGCAUUAUGGCAAUCCCUUGCCUGUGUUCUGUGGCACCUAGAGGCCUGGCACCUAACACCAGAUUAAAUAACGGAAGCAUGGCUCUUAUAAUUGCAAGAAAUACUUCUCGGCCAGAAUUUAUAAAACACCUGAAAAGAUAUGCCAGUGUUAAAAAUCAGUUCAACUUUCCAUUUGUUGAGACUUACACUGUUGAAGAGGUUAAGAUUCGCCCGAGGACUAAUGGCGUACCCAGUCUAGAGGAGGAUGGACAGCAUGCAACUGCUUCAGAAAACAGUUUCCCGUGGAACGUAGAUGGUGAUUUAGUGGAAGUUGCAUCAGAGGUCCAUGUUAGAUUACACCCAAGACUUAUCAAUCUUUAUGGAGGAAGCAUGGAAGAAAUGAAUGAUUCCAAAGUUAACUGCAAUUGUUUAUAAAUCUACAAAAUAGAAUUUUAA